AUGGGUCUAAAAUCACUACUGAACCUCCGAAAGAGGAACAGCUUGGAUGACCAACCCAAAGAACGAUACUCACCCCAGCCACAAACACGAGACGCAAGCUACGAAAGGACACUUCAAGGAGAGGAAGGGGUACCCAGUGAUGGACAGAUCAAGCGAGCAACGAGGCUACGGCGAUACUUCGCCUGGAGCGCAUCCUUUGGGUAUCUGGUGUCUUGGGUGUUCCUGAUACUGAUUCUCAUUGGCAACACAUCCGACAAGCCCGUGCUUCGCAAUGUUUACUUCUACAAGCUCAACCUGGCCGACAUCAUCCCGGAAUCGGUACCAAAUGCGCAGUUGAUCAACAGUAUCGCUCAAAGUAUAGGUCUGCAUGACUUUUACCAAGUUGGUCUGUGGAACUUUUGCGAGGGAUAUCAAUCUGAAGGGAUCACGUACUGCUCCGAGCCCGAAACGCUCUACUGGUUCAACCCGGUCAAGGUCAUCAUGAGCGAGCUUCUCUCCGGCGCCACCGUCGCAAUCCCCACCGCCAUCAUCACCAUCCUGUCGGUCCUGCGCAUCACCUCGCAGAUCAUGUUCGGCUUCUUCCUAACCGCCUGCGUGCUCAACUUCGUCCUCAUCUUCGUCUCGCCCAUCCUGCCCGUCAAGUCGCGGUGGUGGUCCCUCCCACUCUCCCUUUUCUCGUUCGCCUCCAUGAUCCUGACCCUGGCCGCCUCGAUCAUCGGCACUGUCAUCAGCUACGCCUUCAAGUACGCGGCCGAAGCGCAGUCGGACCUCAACAUCCACGCCGAUGUUGGCACGUACAUGUUUGUCUUUAUGUGGAUCGCCACGGGCUUCACCAUGUGGAGCUUCGCGGUGCACAGCGGUAUGGGAUGCUGCUGUGCGAGCAAGCGGGAUCUCAAGAGCGGGAGGAGACUGAUCAAGCCCGAUGGGAGGAUCAUCCACGCCGGUUAG